AACUGCUCACGCCACAUGCUGUGUGUCGCCGGCCAAUCCCUGACCAUGCCCCCAUGUCCUCGCGGUCACGUGUGGUCAGUAGUUGCUGUGAGGUGCGUGCGAAUAGACUCCCCGCUCAACGACUGCCCGCCACUGCAACCAGGAAGUUCCCAGCGCCAUGGUGUGAUGGGUUCUCGCAGACACAAGAACAGGAACUCAGUUUAUCAUGGCCUGACACCAAAAGUCAGGACAACACAUGUUUUAUCUGAGAUGGAUCUCAAUCUAAUAGAGGAGCUGUUUCCCAGCCACCCGUGCACGUUCCUGAAGGGGGAACUACUCCUGCCCCACCCACACGCCUGCCACUGGUUCUAUAACUGCUCACUCUCGCCGCUCGAUCGCCGCUGGGACUUGGAGGAGCCUCUGACGCUCGAGUGUCCAUACCCACAGCUCUUCUCGCUCUCAGUCCGCGCGUGCCGUCCUUACAAGGAGGUCAUCUGUGGGGACAGGCCUGAAUACAAGGCGCCUUGCGCGUAUCGAGAACACUCGUGCAGUCAGCCUCACUGUAGAAGUUGCCAGGUCCGACUGGCCAGUUGUGAGGACCUCGAAGAUGGCGUGCACCCAUUCCCGGGGCGGGAGUGGACACCUUGGUUUGUCGUCUGCAAAGAUGGACGCACCAUGGAGCAGGGCAACUGUCAGAACGGGGCGCCCAUUUUCUCACCCACGGUUCGCUCUUGCGUCACUUCCGAUCUCGUGCCGAAAAGAUACGGAGGGGUACAGCCGAUGUGCCUAGGCAGACCAGACGGCUACCACCCGGACGAGACAGGUGUCUGCCACAGUUUCUUCCGCUGCGAGGACGAGGCGUACAAGGGCUCAGCUCAGUGUCCAGAAGGUUCCAUGUUCAAUCCCGAGACGAUCAGCUGUGAGCUCAAACCCAACAUCCCUCCUUGCGGUACUGUGGCGGCCUCUGAUAUCCCCGUUAAACUUUGCAGAGGCCGGGAGGACGGCUUCUACGCUGACCCUUACGGCAGGUGUUCUCUGUACUACCAGUGCAAGCUUCAGCACCUCAGCGCCUACCUCAAAUGUCCGCUCGGAUCUUUCAACCCAACGACCAAGUCAUGUGACCAAAGUCUACAGCUCCCAUCUCCGUGCGGGCUGCAACCAAACCCGUGCCAGACCAGGAGCGACGGUACCUACUCCGAUCUCAUGGUCAACUGUAUGGCCAGUCUCACUUGCAGGAUGGGGUAUGUCUCCAGGAUUGACCCCUGUCCAGAAGGCAGGGUCUUUGAUGACAUCACGAAGACGUGCCAGUAUCCGGAGGUGACAGAGCCGCCGUGCGGUAUUGCGCCGUCGUGUAAAGGAAAG